UUGAAUUCAGUGAAGAAAUUAAAGAUUAUAUUACAGGUUUAAUUGAUGACCUAGACUCUAACAACAAUAACGAAACGGAUUUACGAGAAGUUACCGAACAAUUUUUGGUUGAUGCUGGAAUUCCUAAAAGCGACAUUGAAAAACUUUAUAUUGAUUUAGCUGCUAAUAAUACCGUUAAAAAUAGCGAUAAUGAUAAAGAAUUAGAAAAAUUAUCUAAUAAAGUUCUAAAUAAAAUAAAUCAGCUGGACAUAUCUAACAAAGAGACGAAAACUAACACCAACAAUAUUAAUAGUAAUGUUGACAAAAAAUCAAAGAAACAAUUAAUCAAUACUGCUAGCACUAAUGAUGACAGCAAGAAAACUGCAGUAGAAGAAGUUGAUUUAAAAGAUGUCAAUGUUAUUGUAGGCGAUAAAGAAUUGUUGGUGGAUGCACAUGUAAAAUUCAAGACAGGAGUUCAUUAUGGGCUAAUUGGAAGAAAUGGUGUAGGAAAAUCAACAUUUUUGAAAUCUAUUGGUUAUAAUAAACUUGUCGGAUUUCCAAAAAAUAUUCGUGUUUUGUAUAUUGAACAAUUGGAAAGCGUCGAAGAAAAUACGACAGUUUUAGAAACGGUAGUUAAGGCUGACAAAGAACGAACCAGAUUGUUGCAUGAGAAACAAAUUCUACAGAAUGCAAUCGAAUCUAAUGAAAUCAAAAAAAUUGAAUUCGCUGUUAAAUCAGUUAAUUUGGAAAAAUUACAGAUGGAUUUAGAUCUUUCUCGGAAAAUUGCAAUCCAACGAAGCGGUAGAAGAGGUCUUGAUGCUAGACAAGAUUUAGUUAACGUCGAGGCUAAAGUUGAAGAGGCUCAAAAUGCAUUAAAAAGUUUGGGUCAAGAUCAAAGUGUAGAUUACACAGCAAUAAUUCAUGAAAUGCUCGAAGAAGUUUAUACAAAGCUCGACCAGAUUAAAGCCGAUUCUGCUGAGGCCAGAGCACAAGAAAUUUUAGUUGGUUUAGGAUUUUCUGAUAAAUUACAACAUUCACCAAUAUCGACUUUAUCGUCGCUUUCAGGAGUGACCGAAAUUAUUAGACUUAAAGACGCGAAAUUAACUUAUCACACUGGCAAUUAUGACGAGUAUGAGAAGAAUCAACAAGACGAGCGAAUAAAGAAAGAACGAAUGUAUGAAUCUCAAGAAAAACAAAAGAAACAUCUUGAAGCAAGCAUUCAGAAAGCUCAAAAAAAAGCAAAAGAAAGUGGCGAUGACAAAAAAUUAGGAAUGGUUGCUUCACGUAAAAAGAAACUUGAAAGAGUAGGAAUGAAUAAAAGCGACGAUGGAUUUCGAUUUAAACUUAAUAAACAUAGAGUAGGAUAUUUUAACUCUGCUAGAGACGAAAUAGUUUUGGAACGUGAAGAAACUCAAGUUAGUUGGAAAAUACCAGAACCCACGCCGUUAAGACAUCAUGGAUCAUUGUUACAAGUAGAAAAUGUUUCGUUUAAAUAUCCAAAAUCAAAACGAUUUAUAUUGAAAAAUGUCACCUUGAACAUUACCGAAACUUCAAAAUUAGGAUUCGUGGGAUCGAAUGGAGAUGGUAAAUCCACAUUGAUGAAUCUAUUCACCGAUAAUUUACAACCAACAAAAGGAAUGAUAAAUCGACAUUCCGAAUUAAAAAUUGGUUAUUUUGCACAACAUCAUGUCGACUCGCUCGAUUUAGAAAUAUCAGCUGACACCCACCUUCGAGAGAAAUACAAUAUAUCAGAAAGUGAAUCAAGAUCGUACUUGGGUAAAUUUGGCAUAAGUGGUGAUUUAGCAAUCAGGCCAAUGAGAUCUUUAUCGGGAGGACAAAAAUCCAGGGUAGCAUUUUCAUCACAAGUUUAUAAUUCGCCAAAUUUAUUAAUAUUGGACGAAAUUACCAAUCAUUUAGACAUGUUGACGGUCGAGACUUUGGUAAAGGUGAUAGGAGAUUUUAAAGGAGCUGUAUUGAUUGUUAGUCACGAUAGAUGGUUUGUUGAAAAUGUAUGUGAUACUAUUUAUCUUGUUAAAAAUAAUAUGGUUAAGGAAUUGGAGGGGGGUGUUGAUGAGUAUGUUAGAGGAGUAGCCAAAGAAAUCGGAAUUGAUAUUUGUGAAUUCGAUGAAUUUGAUUAG